AGGCGGCGCGUGCGCCGCUCCGUCCCUUCCGCCUCGUCCCCCCGCCUCUCCGCGGCGCCAUGUCGGUCUUCCACGAUGAGGUGGAGAUUGAGGACUUCGAGUACGACGAGGAGACCGAGACCUACAGCUACCCGUGCCCCUGCGGGGACCGCUUCCUCAUCACGCGGGAGGACUUGGAGAACGGCGAGGAUGUGGCCACCUGCCCCAGCUGCUCCCUGAUCCUGCGCGUCAUUUACGACCAGGAGCAGUUCAUGCGUGAUGAAGUCAUUGCAGAACCUUUGACAAACAAGGAAUUGAUUAAAUGCUGAUGAAUACAUCAUGAACUGUUGCUGCUUUAGAAUAAGAAGGUGUGGGGAUGGCAACUGCGGAAAGAGAUAUGGUCCUUCUCCUCCUGGAAGUGCUCGCUGCUGUGAGAUACAAGUGCAAUAACUGGCUGCCUUCAUGAUUUGAGUAAGAGGACAUAAAACACACGAAUGGGUUUUGUUCAAAAGAGUUAUACACUUAAAAAAAUAUGUAAGUUGCCAUAUGUAUUCCAGAAGACUUGAGGAUUACGAUCCUAAUUGACAGCAAGUCAAUAUACAGAAGUGUGCGGAGCUGUGAAAUUACAACGUUUAUCUAUGAGUGGGUUCUUAGCCAAUGGAGAAAAGCAGGCUUUGUGUGGGCAUAUACCAGUGUGAAAUGGCAUAGAGAGCUGAAGUGUUAGGAGACCCAAAUUUAGAAGUCCAUAGUAUGUAAUGCUGUACAGAAUUACAGUUUUGACACAGUGUGGUCUUGACACAGUGUAGUAUCACCUAGGGUGUGGGCUUGUGUGCUUCCAUCCCAUACUGAAUGUGGGGGAAAAUAAGAGACCCAGAAUUGGCGCUGUUGGUAAAUUGUUUUUACUACUGUAAGCACAAAGAAUAUGCAGUUGUAUUUAUAUCUGCAGUGGAGGCAACACCUGAGUUGGAGCAAAUUUGUUUCUUAAAUUGCAGUUGCUUUGAAACAGCUGUGGUAGCUGUUAGAAAACGACUGUGUGAUAUAGCAGUGAUAUACUUUUGUGGGUGUUGUGUGAAAUGAAAGAAAAGGAGCCACAUUUUUUUUACCCAUGCAAAGUUGGUAAUGUGCAAAUGGACUUGAAGUGGAUUGUAAUUUACCUGUCUUUUCUCAACAACUUGGUGAUUUGACUGUUGCAGCAAAUAUAAAAUGAGCUGCAGUUCUUUGUGCCAUUUGUAGUAGUACAUUUGCUGAAUUUCUCAGUCUUCCUUUACGAGGUUCUGUCACUUCUUGGAUAGGAGAUGCACACAUUUCACUUAAAGGAAUUUUUUAGGGUGGAAAAGUUGGAAGAAUAUAUUCCAGAGUACACUGAUUCCAAGAUAACUACUUGUAGUACAAGCCACUGCAUUUAAAUAUUUACUUUAAAUUAUGGUAAUUGAUGUGUUUUAGUAGGAUUUGACAUCUGUGAAGUUAAAUUUGGGGAAAAAUACUUGUGCAGAAUGUAUAUAGUUACUUUGCUCCAGGCGCUAAAGAUAACCAAGUAUUACAGAACUCUUGUGUUUAACUAUUUUUGUUCUUACAACGUUCUGUGAAUGUUAAAGAUGAAUAUUCUAAUUAUUUAAAAAAAAAACGGGGGGGGGGGGGGGGCGGGGGGAAGGAACCAAACUGCACCUUUCUGUUAGAAGUUUUGGAUGCAGUAUGCACAACCCAAACUGUUUUCAUGUCUAAACCAGAAGGUGGCACUCAUGUCAAGUUGAUGUCUGUCCUUAAAAAAAAAAAAAGCAAAAAGCUGUGGUCCUUCCGUUAGCUAUAUCUUAUCAAAUAUUUAUUUUGACUAAUUAAAUAAAGAUAUUUAAUACACUCCA